CUACACGUCAGGACCUGCCGAAUUGAGCUAAUGCGGUCGGUGGCGGAUGGCAGUAUCGCGUUUGACGUGUAAACAAGACACCACCAAAUAAGAUACAUUAAAGCACAAGUGUUUUUUUACGGGCGAUCAGUAUGGUCAAUGUGUAUGGCGAUACUUUGAGUGCGCUCAAGGAGCUGCAAACCGAAGAGCUCUCAAUUAUCAAAAUCAGCAAGCCUAUUUCGACAGCUAGUCUCCAAGACACAGCUGCACGCACUUCAGAUGCCUCUCAGGAUGCAUUCGAAAGUCCCACUCCAACAAGCCUUCAAGAUGAUUUGUCACACUACAAGGAACUCUUCUCCAAACUGCGCUUCUCGUACCUCGAACAAGUCACCAAAGAGAAAUUCAUACGCGCCAUCGUAGGCGAACCGCAGUUCAUAGUUCAGCAUGGCGAGAAUAUUGAACUGGAAGAACAGCUCGCUGAAGUCAAAGCGUCUCUCAAAGCCAAGAAAAACGACGUCGCAGGCAUGGUCGCAGAACUAGAGAGGCAAGGGAGGGAACUAAGUCAGAAGCACGAAGCAAUAAAACUGCAGACAUCGCAGCUAGAGGACUUGCCAGAGAAGAUCGACUAUCUUCAAGCCUCGAUAGCGGAACUGCAGGCGGCUCAGGCACCAGGUCCGAGCGCGAAUUUAAGCUUGCCGUUGGACAAGACCAUGGCUUUGGUAGAAGACAAGGAGAAGGAAUCUGCAGAGCUUGAUCGUAUACUGGAGAAGCUACAGUCGGAGUUGCCACGAAAAGCCAGAGCCGUGGAGAGACUUGAGGCAGAACUGCAACCGUUGGAAGUUAAGAGGCAAGGGACAACAGCUUUAGCCAGGGAUGCGAAGAGGCGGAAAGAAGACGCAUUGGGAGGUAAUGGUGAUGACUUGGAAGAGAGGGGAAGAUGGUGGAGAGGCGUUGAGGGCGGCUUGAAGGUUCUGCUGGAUGUUGAAAACUAAAUGAUACCAUGUGUUACGAUUGGAAUGGGCGUUUGGAUGUGGGAAGUUGGCGUUACAGUUAGGCCUUAUUGUAGUUGUUUUACUCUGGAGGAUGGCAGAAAUAAAUCGAAUCGAUAGCUUACGGCUGCAACUGCAAGAUAAAAUACCUUCCCGGAG